CGGCUUCCUGUUGACGUGCGGGCGCCUUGACGUGUCCAGGUGAGCUCACACCGUCAUGGGGCAGGUUUACUCGGAGCCGUCCUGUCAGGCAGCGUUCGACUCAGACGUCCAGCAGCUGUACCACCUGCUGACGGCCGACCCGUCUCACCUGAACGUCCAGGAGCAGCACAGCGGGGACACGCCCCUCAUCGCUGCCUGUCGCCAUGGCAACCUGGCCACCGUCAAAUACCUGCUGGACAACAAGGCCGACGUCCACCUGACCAAUAAGAAACAGAGGACGUGUCUCCACUACGCCUCCAGGAGAACGUUCUCGCUGCUCGACUACCUGAUGAUCUGCAUCCUGAUGCCCGUCCUGCUGCUCGGUUACUUCAUCAUGCUGCAGCGACAGCGACGGAACGCCGCCCUGAUGGAGGCGCUGCUGCACAGCGGCGUCGACGUCAACGCCAUCGACUACAAGGGAAACAGCGCUCUGCACUACGCCUGUCAGAGGAAGAGUCACCGCCUGGUUCCUCUGCUCCUGCAACGAAACGCCGACGGCAACAUCCGCAACAACGACGGAGAGACCGCUCUGGACAUCGCCACCAGACUGAAGUUCAAGAAGAUCGAACGCAUGUUGAAGAAGACACGCUGACAGGCAGAGAACUGCUUUCAGUCUCUGUGCUACGCUAUGCUAACAGUUUACCACUGCUUCCAGCCUUUGAGCUCAGCUAUGCUAACAGUUUACCACUGCUUCCAGCCUUUGAGCUCAGCUAUGCUAACAGUUUACCACUGCUUCCAGCCUUUGAGCUCACCUAUGCUAACAGUUUACCACUACGUCCAGCCUUUGAGCUAACCUAUGCUAACAGUUUACCACUGCGUCCAGCCUUUGAGCUAAGCUAUGCUAACAGUUUACCACUACAUCCAGCCUUUGUACAUGUAGCUCCAUAACAUCAUGUAGCCAUAAACAUUAUGUUGGAUUAUGCUAGCAGUUUAGCUACACUUCCUAGUGAUUUCUGAAUGCUAUGCUAAGCUAACCAGCUGACUCCAGGUUGUUACAGAGAACAAAAUGCCUUUAAGAUAAAGCGGGAACAUUUAUUUGUAAUAAAAAUAUCUGUAGAUAUUAAACUGAAUCUGAUUAUUGUACAUUUCAAAUUGAACUUUGUGUUUCAGGAUCAAAUUGUGUUCAUAAAGGUUAAAGUCACUCAG